AUGAAAAGCCUGCAGUUAGAUAGUGAAAUUCAACAAACCAACGACCGUCUGUCUGCCACGAUAUUUGUUCCCAAUACAAAGUAUACAGCACUACCGUCUUCAAAAAUAACCGGCCUGAAGCGUUCAGUGUGUCGGGGAUGGGUCUUGUCUGGAUCCACAGCAGAGGACGUGUUUGAGGGGAGCCGUCGCUCGACUGGACGGUAUUGUUUGAAGCUUAAAGCUCUUGGUACCAUGGGUGCCCUCAUAUGCUUGGUAUCCAGCCCUAACAUCCACUUAAACGCACAUGUCACACCGGAGACCGAGGUUCUUUGUGGGACAUGA